AACUGACGGCGGCGCGAAAAGUGGUACAGCAGACUUCUGGAACCAGCUUUCGUCGGAAUUAGCAACGGAAGAACGAUCAUCAUGCCUCGCACAACGGUGUCCCUCUCGCAGCCGUCCGGCUCGCGUCAAACGCAGCGAAACCGGUCGUUCGGCGAAUCAACCCAGACGCAGGGCGCAACGCAGGCCGAUCCGGAUUUUGACGAAUAUGUCGUGAACACGGUGCGGGUGGUGCUGAAUCUGUCCGUCAACAAGCACCCGAUCAAGAAGACCGACGUGGUGAAGAAUGCGUUGGCCGGGAACGGUCGCGUGCUGCCGAAGAUCCUGCCGCAGGUGAUUGCGGAAUUGGAGGACGUUUAUGGGUACAAGCUGGUGGAGACGGAACGGAACAAGACGUUCUUGCUGGUGUCGAAGUUGGCGUCCGGGUCGGUGCUGGAUCUGAGCGAGGACUUUCGGCAGAAGUACACGCUGCUGUAUUUGGUGCUGGGGUACAUUUUUAUGAAGAAUGGGAACGUGCCGGAGCAGGGGUUGUACGAUUUUCUUGAGAAGCUGAACAUUCCGACGAACGGCGAGGAGCACCGGUUCUUCGGGAACGCGCAACGGCUGAUCACGGAGACGUUCGUGAAGCAGGCAUAUUUGGUGCGCUCGAAGCAGGUCGUCGAAGGGAUGAACGACGAUCGGUUCUUUUUCAGCUGGGGCGCACGAGCCGACCACGAGUUGAGCAAGAAGGACAUUCUGGAAUCGAUCUGCAAGCUGAUGGGGAAGCCGACGGUUGUUUAUGUGAAGCAGCACAUGGCCGCGUACGGUGGCAAUGACGAGGAUGAGGACGAGGAGGACGAAUCGAUGGAACAGACGCAGUAGAGGUUAAGGGUGGGUUUGGUCGGUUAAGCCGGAUUUAAGACUGGAUUUCUGAAUAUAUUUAAGCGUUAAUUAAACGAUCGAAGUGACUUU